AUGGCUCACGCUAUGGCAGCAAUGCUGCUCCUUGGAGCGAUUGUUCGUCCGUCCUCUUGUUCCGCUUUUCUCAAGAAACGGGGCGACACCAGCUUGCUGCCUAGUUACGACUACAUUGUUGUCGGCGCUGGUGCCAGUGGACUCACUGUUGCUAACCGACUUUCUGAAGACCAGAGUGUAACUGUCCUUGUCAUUGAGGCCGGUGAACUUGACGCAGGCGAGGAUAUCGUCAAGAUACCCGCGCUUGCGGGAGGGGCUAUUGGAACAAAGUACGACUGGAACACGACCUACGUCGCCAAUGACGCGCUUGGUGGCCGAGUCGUUCCCAUUCCUCAAGGAAAGGUUGUUGGCGGUUCAACUAAACUUAAUCGAAUGGUAUUUGACCGUGGGUCAAAAUCCGAUUACGAUCGUUGGGAAAGUCUCGGGGCUUCGGGGUGGAACUGGGAUACCUUGCUCCCCUACUUCAAGAAGAACGAAAAUUUCACGCCUCCGAUCCCAGAGAUAAAGUCUGAAUGGGAUAUUGAGGUCGACGCCGCCGCACAUGGCAAUAAUGGACUAAUGCAGGUCACUUAUUCACCAUUCUUCUGGCCUACUACCAAGUUCAUGAUUGACGCUGUCAAAGAGCUUGAUAUACCUGUCGCCAAGGACCAGGCAAACGGAGGCCCUAUCGGUGGUUACUUUUGCCCCCACAACCUAGACCCUAAGACAGCGACUCGUUCAUCUGCCAGGGAGGCCUAUUACGACAACUUCACUGGGCGCCAAAACCUCCACCUUCUCACUGGGCGUCAAGUCACAAAAGUGGUCACCGAUGGCGUAGGAGACUGCGUCAAGGCAACUGGAAUAGAAUUCGCUGCCAGUAAAGAUGCGCAGACUCAGACGAUCGGUGCGGACAAAGAAGUCAUUCUUGCAGCUGGAACACUCCACACCCCUCAGAUCCUUCAGGUUUCGGGUAUCGGUGACCCCGCCCUCCACGCGAGCAUCAACGUAUCGACUGUCGUCGAUCUCCCAGCCGUUGGACAGAACCUCCACGACCACGUCUUCUUGGCCGUGGUCAACACAAUCAACACCAGUCUUCCUGUGUACUCAUGGUUGCAGAACAAUGCGACCUUCGCCGCCGAUGCCCGAGCCCAAUACGAUAGCCACCAGAAUGGCCCGUUGAGCUCUCCUACUGGCGAUUUCCUCGCCUUCCUUCCACUUUCCACCUACUCCAAGGCAGGCCAGGCUCUCAGUUCCCAAGCUGCAGCUCAAGAUAGCAUCGCCUUUCUGCCGCCGGGAGCCCCACCUGAAGUUGUGAAUGGAUAUCGGGCACAACACAAGGUUCUUAACGAGCGUCUUCUGGCCAACGACUCCGCUCUUCUUGAGAUGAUCUGGGCAGACGGCACAAUCAUUCUCGGUCUUCAACACCCUUACUCUCGAGGGAGCCUUCGUGCUGCCUCCCCUAGCACCUUUGAUGCCCCCGUCGCAGACUCCGCCUUCCUCAAGAACCCUCUAGAUCUUUCUUUGUUAGUUGAAGGGGUUAAGUUUACCCGCACUCUGGUCGGCACUGAGUCUGUCAAGAGUCUGCAGCCCUUCGAGGUUGUCCCAGGCGCCAAUGUUACCACUGACGAUGCAAUCGCCGACUUUAUUCGCCAGCAGAGUAGCACCCUGUAUCAUCCCGUCGGCACUUGCAAGCUAGGCCCGAGAGAGGAGGGUGGCGUUGUAGACACCGAUCUGAACGUUUACGGCAUUGAGGGUCUGCGCGUUGUCGACGCGAGUAUCAUACCUCUGUUGCCUGCGUCACACCUCAUGACUACGGUUUAUGCUGUCGCCGAAAGGGCUGCAGAUAUCAUCCGAGGCAAGACGGCAUAA